AUGCUCGCCAAAGUAUCCGUAAAGAGUUCUUCCUCAGAACAGUUCAGUGUGCAUACGGGAGUUAAACAGGGCUGUGUCCUUGCUCCCGUGCUCUUUAACAUCUAUCUGUUUUCUGUGACACUUCUCUCUCGUUUACGUACGGAACUCAACGACGGAAUACGUAUCCAAUAUCGCUUUGAUGGAAGUGUCUUCAAUGCUCGACGUCUCAAAGCUAAGACUCUGACCUCUAACAUUCCUGUCUAUGAAAUCCAAAAUACCGACGAUGCUGCCAUAGUUUCUCACGAGGCACUCUCAAUACAUCUCUCCCUUACUUCAUUGCAUCAGGCUUAUUUUCACCUUGAAUUCGCAUCGCUACUGCCCUCCUUCAUCAUUAAGGAAUCGCGAUCGAUCAAAGAAGGAGGACGCCCGGCCAAUCGCCAUCAGAUCUUCGUUUGUCUCAACAGUUUAGCGAGCGAUUCAAGGCUCCACUCAGGCGAAAGAAACACGGCCGUCCGCUGUUCACGAUACAAUGUCGUUCGUGUGAAUUAUUUAGAAGUCGAGUUCUCUAUUAUAUCCCCGUUUUGUAUAAUAGCAGUUAUAAUGGUGUUUUAG